AUGACUUCACUCGACAGAGAAAAUGACCUGCUAUACCUCACGCCCAAUGUAACCUCCAGUGUCGACUUUGGUCCUAUCCUCGGAGACGUCAUAGAUAACCAGUUCCAUCAACCAAAUGAACUUUUCAAGCAAGAUAUCCAACUAAUCACCAACUUGAGAUCCGAGUCGUUUCCCUCCAUGAUCGAAGAUAUCAAUUUGGAAGUCAUCACCAAAUUGAAAAAGUACUGUGACUCUGUGACAGCCUUGAUCACAAUUUUUCCCGAUGAGGUUGUGCAAUUUCAUUGGUCAAACUGCGUCAUCAAAUCUUUGAAUGAAGAAAAAUUGUACAUUGUAUACCAACUGGCUUCUUACUAUUCUAUUCUGGCAGUCAACGAAAGCAAAAGAGACGAGGAAGGACUGAAGAAAUCGGGUAUUUAUUUUCAAUACAGCGCAGGUUGUCUCGAAAUCGUGCAACAACUUCUCCACCACACUUCUGUACAAUCCUUCCCACUCAAUUCAAACAAAAUUGAAGCUUUGAAAACAGUAAUGCUUGCACAAUCACAGGAAAUAUAUCUGCAAAAGGCCAAGAUCAAUCAAUUGAAAGGCUCGAUAUUGCUAAAACUGGCAAUUCGUAUUUCAGAUUUUUAUAACGAUGCGAUACAACUUAUUGGCCAAGAGGUGGAGCAGUCAAAUCUACCCAUAAGCUUCUUUCAAUUGAAAGGUUUAUACUACACGUGUUUCUCGUUUAACUCAUAUUCUGCCUACUGCAAUAGAAAGAAAAAGUACGGUGAAGAAAUAUCCUACCUAAAUCAGUCCUUGUAUCUAUUGAUGCAAGUGUCAGAGGCUGAAGAAACGCAGUACUCCAAACUGCUACAAGAUGCAGAGAAUCUUCGAAUGCAAAUAUUGAGCAAAAUUGAAACAGUGAAGCACGAAAAUGAAAUGUUACACCUACAAAAGAUUCCGCCAUUUGACACCUUAAAACCGUUACCACGAGCGGAAUUGGUCAAAUGUUUGGCUCCAAAAGACAUGGAGCUGUCUGAGAAUAGUAGCACAAACAAUCUUUUCAUAGGUCUAAUCCCUCUUCAGGUAGUUAUCCAAGUAUGCGAGUAUCAAAACAGGUUUAAGGACUUCAUCAAUUGUGAGCUAGUUACCCCUAUCGAGAAGUUGAACCAAAACAUUCAUGAAUUAUUCACCAAUUUAAACGUUGAGACCGAAAUUUCAAAGCUCACAUCGAAUUCUGAUCUUCCACCUGCACUCAUUCAAUCAAGAGAAAAACUUAUGAGAAAUGGAAAUUUGGAGAAGAUAGCCAACCUAAUCAGCAUUCUCCAAGAGCUGAAGUUGAAAUGUCGUUUCAAACUGGACAAAAUUUGGCAGCUUUUGAAAGAUCAAACGGUUGAAGAGGAAGCUCUGGCAAAGUAUUAUGGAUACGAUAAAUGGAAACUUGGAGUGCUCGAGGAUGAUAAGGUGGGUGCAAUACUGAUAAACUCGUUCAAGAUAUAUGAAAAUUAUAUGAAGCAAAGUGAAGAGGGUGACAGACUUAUAUGCACCCAAAUAGAGGAGCUCAAACCCUUUUUAGAAAUCUACGAUGAUGAAAAGUUAUUGAAAUCGUAUGUCCCAGAAACCAACGUAUUAGUACUAAACCCUUCGCUUCAACCGAUGAUCGAUAAUUUAAGAGAAGUGUCAAUGUUAUUACAGAGAUUAGAAGGAGAAAGAGUUAACUUUUUGAAGAAGGUAAAGAAAAAGGCUUCAGGGGUUAGGAUAAUUGACCAAUACCGACAAAAAAGUUGUAAACAUAGACUACAAAAUACAUCCACACACACUGAUGAUUUGCAGAAUUUAUUAGGAGAAAUUUUAAAGGAUGAAAUACUAAAAUUCAAUGAUGAAGUGGAAUAUUUAGGAGGUACGAGAGUUGCUCAAGACGAUUUGGUGUCGAAAUUCAGCGCAUGCAACUUGGAUUUCAUCAAUCUCAAAGAUCAACUGAAAAUUUCAAUCAAAAGGAAAGAAGCAUUACAUGUGUUAGACUCCACAUAUCAAGGUUUUUUCGAAAUCGUAGGCAACCUCAUUCAGGGAAAGGAUUUUUAUCAAAACUUACUUGAUAAUAUUGACGUGAAAAUGAAUCAGCUGGACAACUUCUUAGGUAAAAGAUCUGAGUCGAGAAGAUUUUUACAGGAAAAAUUAGAGUCAAGUUAUUAA